GAAAAAGAAAGGGUUUAUUGCCAAAUGAAGAAGGCUCACGAGACAAGCAUGAGUUCAACCGCAUGCUAACUUACCUUUUCUCUCCGGUGGUAGUGACUCAUGUCCUUUGCCGGAGACACUCACUUCCAUUUCAACGCCGGCGAAGAUCGAAGCUCAAUUCUCCUUUUUUUUUCAUCUGGGUUGUUCCCUUUUCACUCAAAGUUUUCAUCUUUUUGGGAUUCAGAAUUGUUGAGUGAUACCCUUUGCGUACGACAAUGAAAGCAGGGAAAGUGAACCAUGAAGAAGAUGAGUACGAUGAGGAAGACUUCAAUUCCUUGAAGAAACAAGGUUCUUCCUCUGCCCCUAACACCAACAAUAAAGAUGGAAAAGCUACUGAUAAGGCUAGUGUAAUAAGAUCGAAACAUUCUGUAACUGAGCAGCGAAGAAGAAGCAAGAUAAAUGAGAGAUUCCAAAUAUUGAGGGAUCUCAUACCUCAAUGUGAUCAAAAGAGGGACACGGCUUCAUUCUUAUUAGAGGUGAUUGAGUAUGUUCAGUACUUACAGGAGAAGGUACAAAAAUAUGAAGGCUCAUAUCAAGGUUGGAAUCAAGAGACGUCAAAGUUGAUGCCAUGGAGAAAUAGCCAUUGGCGUGUCCAAAACAUUGUUGGUCAACCUCCAGCUGUAAAGAAUGGUUCAGGUCUGGUAUCGCCAUUUCCCGGAAAGUUUGACGAAAGCAACGUUAGUAUCUCUCCAACAAUGCUUAGCGGCACUCAGUGUAUGAUAGAACCUGAACAGAGUCGGGAUAUUGUCAGCAAGAUAGCAGAGAGGCAACCCGAUUUAGCAAGCAAGGGAAUUCCUCUUCCUAUGGCUAUGCAUGCAAACAUGUCCGUUCCUGUCAGAAGCGAUGGUGUACUUGCCCAUCCUCUUCAGGGAACUGUUUCCGAUGCACAAUCAACUGAAUGUCCCGCGACUAGUGAACAACUGAACCAUCAGGAUGAACUUACAGUUGAAGGAGGGACAAUUAGCAUCUCAAGCGUAUAUUCCCAAGGGUUGUUGAACAAUCUAACUCAGGCGCUACAGAGUGCUGGGUUAGAUCUGUCACAGGCUAACAUUUCAGUUCAAAUUGAUCUUGGGAAGCGAGCAAACAAAGCACCAAGCGGCACAACCUCUUCCCCCAAGAAUCAUGAUAACCCUGUUUGUAGCAAUCAAGCAAUUGCACAUUUUAGAGAUGGUAUCAUUAGAGAAGACUCAGAUCAAGCUCUAAAAAGAAUGAAAACAUACAAGUGAUGAUUCAUGAGCCUACAUUGGCAUCUAUCUAUAUUUCUUAGUUUGUUUUGUAGUUCAUUACAUCCCUUAAUCCCUUGUGGUUAUUGUACAUCCUUCCCCAUUUGUUUGAGUUUAAUUCCUCUCAUGAAGGUAAGGUUAUUGGUUAUUUUAAGGCUGCAAAGACCUUAACUACAUAAUUAUUUGUGGAGUUGAUUAGGUUUCUGCUUUAGUGCUUGCAUGUAUCUUUACUAAUUAUUAUUAUUAUUAUUGAGCUUUUGGGUUGCAAUA